AUGGAGACACAAGAGUCACUGCCAACAUUUCGACGGACGCGACGGAUACGAACUUUCAUGUUAUUUCUGACAUGGAUAUGUAUGGGAAUGUUUCUCGAGAUAAUUGGACCCACGCUCCAGGAUCUGAAAGACCGGACCGAUUCCGACUACGAGAGUUUAUCACAAGCAGUGUCCGGACGCAGUAUCGGGGCCGUCAGUGGAUCCAUUAUAGGGGGUAUUUUGAUUGACCGUUUUGGUCAGUACUGUGACCUGAUCAUAGGCUUCUGUCUGACUGCAGCGGCGGGCGCCACCAUGGCUGUCCCACUCUCUACGAAGGUGCUGCUGACAGGAGCUCUGAUUAUGGUCCAGGGUUUAGCUGAGCUCAUUGUCAACGUAGCCGGCAACACUACCAUCCUCUAUCUAUGGCGGGAGAAAGCCUCGGCUCCAAUGCACAUGCUUCACCUAGGUUUUGGGAUUGGUUGUCUUCUUGUACCGCUUGUAGCUAACCCGUUCUUGCCGACGAUGUCCUAUCUACCAGACUGUGACAACUCGACAAGCUCCAUCACCAAUGUGACAGACCCGAACUGCACGAUCUCCGAUCUGUAUUCUACGCCGGUCCUCGAGGGCUCCAUGGUGGAUUAUGCUUAUGCAAUAGUAGCCAUACCAACAAUGGCACUGGCGCUGGUGUUCAUGAUUUUCCAGUGUAUUUUAUCACAAGUUCACGACGAACGUGGAGCCAACAUUAAGAAACGUGACUCCAAGGCCAUGCUGAAUCCGGCCACUUGUGCUGGCGGUGAUUGUUGUUUCGGCCUUCUUUUGUUCUCACUUGUUUUCUUCUAUUUUCUUUUCACAGUGGGGUUCGAACGAUUUUACACCAAGUUUAUACGUACAUAUGCAGUUGACGAAUUAAAUUUCACUAAAGACGAAGGCAGUUUCGUUAAUACUGGAUUUUGGGUAACAUUUUCUCUAGGCAGAUUAAUCGGAUUUGCAACCGGAAAAUUUGUUUCGAUUAGGAUUAUGAUGAUAUGUGAAAUAUGCGGAGUGUUUCUUAGCGCACUUGGACUAAAUGUGGUUACCAUCUUCAACUUUGAACCAGAAAUAUCCUUUUGGAUCUUCUCACUUCUGAUUGGCCUGUUCCUCGGACCAAUGUGGCCAACCGGAAUAUAUUGGGCAGAUUAUCACGUUGAGCUUACAGGAAUGGGGAUAACCGUUAUCUGCCUUGCUGGAGGAUGUGGGGGUUUCUCGUGCGUUAGCAUUAUGGGAUACAUCUAUGACGCAAUCGAUCACGUGUGUUUCGUGUACGAGGCACUGGCUUGUGGACUUCUCGUUUUGAUUAUUGGUCUAUGCCUGAACGUUGUCGGCAUUCGUCAUGGAAGUAGGUUUGAUAGGAUUAAAGACGACGAUGUUAUAAAGGAUGAAAAUAAAAUGUAA